UUAAGAGAGAAAAAAAAAGACGUUGACGGUGCCUACGCGCUGGUUAUAAAGAGGAAGAAGGAGUAGCAUAGCACUAGCACCAACCUGUUCUCACUCUUUCAACUUCCAAUUGCCGACAAACACUCACCCAACACACAACCUUAAAACUUCCUUCGAUUCAACCACAUCACUUGUUUCUCUCUCAAGAUUUGAGUUUUUGUCUUAUAUCUACAAUCACCAUUAGAGAGAGAGAGAGAACAAGGUAUAUACAUCGCUAUGAACAAAUCAGGGGUUGCAAUUUUGAGGGCGAGUUUGGUAAUUGUAGCUCUAUGCAUAGCAGGUUACAUACUAUGUCCUCCUCUCUAUUGGCAUUUCAAAGAAGGUUUAGCUGCUGUCAAACAGUCUUCUUCUUCUUCCAGUUGUGCCCCUUGUCUCUGUGAUUGUUCUUCACAACCCACUUUUUCAAUUCCUCAAGGGCUGAGCAACAUUUCAUUUGGAGAUUGUGCAAAGCCUGAUCCAGAAGUAAGCGGAGACACCGAAAAGAAUUUUGCAGAGCUACUAUCAGAGGAACUAAAGCUACGCGAAACCGAUGCUUUAGAAAAUCAGCGACAUGCUGACAUGGCUCUCCUUGAGUCAAAGAAGAUCGCAUCUCAGUAUCAGAAAGAAGCAGACAAGUGUAAUUCUGGUAUGGAAACGUGCGAGCAGGCGAGGGAGAAAGCCGAGUUGGCAUUAGUCGCUCAGAAGAAGCUAACUGCAUUGUGGGAGCUUCGAGCUCGCCAGAAAGGAUGGAAAGAAGGAGUUGCCAAAUCGAAUGCUCAGUCUCAGGGAAAAGUACAAACUUCUUAGAAACAUGAUACCUUCAUGGAGUGUUUCUUGCAUAAUAGUUUUCAAAGUGUUUUUAAAUACUGGUAAUUGUAAUUCAUGUAGUUCUCUUAUGAAUUGAAGAAAGCUUAAGUGUAAAAUAUAAAUGUUGCAUUUCUAACCCAUUUUUGGGCAUUGAUUCCUGAUGUACUACUGCUGAAAGCUAGAAAUUGUUAUUUAUUAUGAUGAUAUUUUACAGAGAAAAUUUAUUAA